AUUCCUAUUUGAAUAAAGAUACCGUUUAUUUGAGUCAAGAUACGCUAAAUGAUUCUGUAGUUUAUGAAAACAAGGACAUCCCUGAUCCAACAUCUCCUUACAUUCCUAAAAGUUUUGUAAUUGCUCUAAGAGAUUAUAUAUCGGGUGUACAGUCUUCCUCAAUUCCUCACUCACAGGAACGUAUGUGUGAUUUUAAAAAUACUAUCAAUUUUGGAACUUUGGGUACUGAAGAUUAUUCAAGACAAGUAUCUUUUUAUGACUAUUUUGAUUUACUUAUCGGUCCUGCUAUCAAUAAUUAUCAAAUGUCACGAACAAAAUGGUCUACUUGUUCAACAAUGAUUAUUAUCGUUACUUGCGUUAUGAUUAUUCUCUUAAGAAACGUCUGGUUAAUUUUCUUUGAUGGUCUCACACGAACUCAACACGUUGUUGUAAAAUUUCGCUUUAUUCAUCCUUUAAUUAAUCUUUGUUCUUAUGCCUUGAUUCCUUUAUCAUGUAUGACUACUUUUAUUGCUUACCUGAAUAGCUUUCUUUUCUCUUCCACAUCCAUUUCCAUUGCAAGUAUCAUAAGCAAUUUACCUUUCUUUGACAAAUUUGUGACUCGUACAAAAUUAUACAACAACAAUUCUUCCAUGAAGGUUUUAAUCUGGCCGUUACUUAUAGUCAUUAUUUCAUUCUUUGCAUUCUGUGCAUAUGAUCAUUCCUCUGAAGAUCGUCCUUUCGGCAAGCAAGUUUACGUUGAAAAGUAUAUGCCUAUUCCUAAAGAUUACAAACCUAUCACCCCCGUUGUGCUUCCGGAAGAAGAUUAUACUUAUGAUAAAAUUUAUUCUCAUUUUCGUGGUGUUUUGGAUUGUCGAUUUAUUAGCAUUGAACACUCACGUGCUGUUAAGGGGUUUAUUGUUGAUGCUAACUGGCCAUUAUUUGAUUAUUCCGAAAAUUUAAAUUUACAAAAACCAUUUAAAUCCUCUAAUCGCACACUUGGCUUUGACCAUAUUUACAUUGUCCAUCUUGACUAUCGAACGGAUAGGCGUGAAAGAUUAGAUGAAUUAGCUUCCUAUCUUGGUUUAGACUUUGAUUAUUUGUCUGCUAUUUCUAAAAACGAUGAACAAAUUCUCCGCAAGUAUGGAUCCGCAGAUAUGAUCUCUCCUCAAAAAGCUUGUUAUUUAAGCCAUUGUUUUAUCUAUAAAGAAAUAAUUGAUAAGGGCUAUAAUAAUGCCUUAAUUUUAGAAGAUGAUGUGGACUUUGAACUCAACAUUACUGCUAUUAUGACUGAUAUUCAUCGUGAUUUACCUGCUUCUUGGGAAAUGUUGUACGUAGGCCAUUGCUUUGAAGAUGUUGGUGAACAAGUCGGAAUUAGUUCUUCUGUACAUAGGCUAUAUAAAUCCGUGGCUCCUAUGUGUACACAUGCUUAUGCAGUUUCGUAUUCUGGUGCUCGCAAACUAAUAGAGCUCGUUGAUCCUGUGAUCCCACGUGGGACGAUUGAUUAUUCUCUUAGUGUAGUAGUCAAAGAUAAGAAAGUCAACUCAUUUGAUGUUCACCCACCUGCUAUCUCGCAAUGGAAAGCGGCCGACAACCCAUCCGAUAUUCCAUCAUCUCAACAAUUAUCCAUUAGUUUACUAAAUUCAACUUUACAUUUUCUUCAGCAUAAUGGCUAUUAG